AUGAGGAUAAGACGACUUUCGGCACUUUUUUGGGCGACGUCUAUUAUAGCGUUCAUAUUUAUUCUAUAUGUUGUCACAGACUUAACAUUUAAAUUGCCAAGUAUAAAGCCUGUAAUGAUGGAAUUAGACGAUAGCAAAUGGUCGUCAUUUGAGUCAAAACUGAGACACAUAGAAAAUGAACUCAAUGAGCACCAUGCUGUGGUUGGUGAGAUAAAGACGGCCAUGGAUCAAAUUGUGGACCAUUCAGCGGAAAAUCAUUCAAUGAAGAAACCCAAGCUACAAAAGAAACCAGCUAAACUAAGAGAGUUUAAGGUGGUUGGUGAUGAACCCCCAAGAAUGCAUCUCAAGAACAAAGUUGAUAUGUCUUAUUGUCCAAUUAAUCAACAGAGUUCCAAAACAGACAUUCAGAUGCUGUCCAUGUAUGAGAGAAUAACAUUUGAUGAUAAAGAUGGUGGAGUAUGGAAACAAGGUUGGGACAUUGAAUACAAGGAUACACAGUGGAGCAGCAAAAAUAAACUGAAAGUUUUUAUUGUCCCACAUUCACACAACGACCCUGGAUGGCUAAAAACAUUUGAGAAUUACUACAAGACACAAACAAAAGCAAUAUUUACAAACAUGGUUGAAAAAUUAUCAGAGGGCAUAGACAGGAAGUUUAUUUGGGCUGAAAUUAGCUUUUUAUCCCUGUGGUGGGCAAUGGAUGCAACUGAGAAGGAGAAAGUAGCUUUUCAAAACUUGUUAAAAGCGGGAAAAAUCGAAAUUGUCACUGGUGGAUGGGUAAUGAAUGACGAGGCUAAUUCACACUGGCUGUCUAUUAUUCAACAGCUGACUACAGGCCACCAGUGGCUGACGGAGAAUUUAGGUUAUACACCAAGGAACAGCUGGGCUAUCGACCCUUUUGGACAUUCUAGCACUCAACCUUACUUACUGAAACUUACCGGCUUUGAAAACUCCUUGAUACAGAGAGUACACUAUAGGGUUAAGAAGGAAUUAGCAAUGGACAGGCAAUUGGAGUUCAAAUGGAGGCAAUUGUGGGAUGGCAGCGGUAAAACUGACAUGUUUACCCAUAUGAUGCCAUUUUACUCUUAUGAUGUGCCUCACUCAUGUGGUCCUGAUCCAAAGAUAUGUUGUCAAUUUGACUUCAAAAGGCUUCCUGGCAAUGGAGUAACCUGUCCUUGGGGAAUAGCCCCCAGGAAAAUAAUACAGAAAAAUGUGGGAGAGAGAGCAUCACUUAUAUUGGACCAGUGGCGUAAGAAAGCGCAGCUGUACCGCAGUAACGUGGUGCUGUUUCCGCUGGGCGACGACUUCCGGUACGACCGCUCCAAUGAGUGGGACCACCAAUACCAGAACUAUGAAAUGCUCAUUGAUUACAUCAAUAAUAAUGACGCUUGGAAUGCCGAGGUUCAAUUCGGCACCCUAAACGACUAUUUCAAAGCACUGCACGAAGAGAUGAAAAUGUCCGACUUCCCGGUGCUCACUGGGGAUUUCUUCACUUACGCGGAUAGAAACCAGCAUUAUUGGAGCGGAUACUAUACUUCCAGACCGUUCUACAAGAACAUGGACCGAGUUUUACUGGGAUAUGUUAGAGCGGCGGAAGUGAUCACCUCGCAAGCGGUGUCGUCCCGCUCGGUGACGUACAUCCUGUCGCUGCAGCUGCGCGACCGCGUGGAGCGCGCGCGCCGCUCGCUCGCGCUGUUCCAGCACCACGACGGCGUCACCGGCACCGCCAAGGACGAGGUCGUCGUGGACUACGCUAAGAAGUUGCUCCAAGCAAUCAAAGACUGUCAGUCAGUGAUCCAGCAGGCUGCCUACUACCUCCUCAAACAACCGGCUAUCCAGGAUCAAACCCAAGAGGAUAUAUAUUUCGAUAUCGAUGAUAUAUGGCAGCGUCAUGAUGAAAUACCAACGAAAAUUACCAUUGCACUGGACGAAGUGUCUCCGUCUAGAAGAAUUGUGCUUUAUAAUGCGCUGGCUUUCAAGAGACAGGAGAUUUUGACCGUUAUUGUUUCGUCGCCGCAUGUUGAGGUGUUCGACCCGGAAGGCGGUCCGAUAAUGGCGCAGGUCACGCCCGUGGUGUCGGGCUCGCGGCGGCUCGGCUUCGCGGCCAACAAGUUCCAGCUGUCCUUCCCCGUGACCGUGGACGCGCUCGCGCUCACCACCUACAGCGUGUCGCUGCGGGACAGCAUGAGCAUCAACAAAUACACGUCAUUCGCGCGCAUCCGCGUGUACAACGCGGACUACUGGUCCAUAGAGCUGCCGAAGAUGUUCCCGGUGGAGCAGCCGGCGGCGCGGCUGGCGGACGACGUCACGCUGCAGGCCGGCAACAGCACGCGCGUGCUGGCCACCAAGCACGGCCUGCUCAAGGCCAUCAUAUCCAGCGACGGGAAGACCACGCCGGUGCAUAUGGAUUAUGUACAGUACGGCACGCAAAAGAUGCCGGACAACAACAGCGGCGCGUACCUGUUCAUCCCGGACGGGCCGGCGCAGCAGUUCAACCUGGACGCGUACCCCGAGCUGGUCAUUGCCGAGGGACCCUUCAAGGCCACGCUGUACACCGCGCUCGUGGGGCCCAAGGCCGCUGAGAUUAUAUUGGCUGUAUCAGUAUAUAACAACCCGUCGUUACCCCAAAGCGAAGUGGAGUUAACCAACACGUUUCUAAUAGAUCCUAAGGUGGACGAUAUGGAGCUGGCCAUGAGGUUCUCCACCGGCAUUAAGAAUGGGGAUGUUUUCUAUACUGAUGUUAACGGCAUGCAGAUGAUAAAGCGACGCUAUUUCGAGAAGCUGCCCCUCCAGGCGAACUUCUACCCGCUGCCGGCGGCCGCCUACAUCGAGGACGAGUCCAGCCGCCUCACCCUGCUCACCUCCACGCCGCUGGGGGUCGCCGCUCUCCAGCCGGGACAGAUUGAGAUAAUGCAAGACCGGCGGCUGUCGCGCGACGACAACCGCGGCGUGAACCAGGGCGUGCUGGACAACGUGCGCACGCGCCACGCCUUCCGCCUCCUCGUCGAGCACGCCGCCCCGCCCUGCUCGCGCUCCCGCACGGGCGCGCGCGGCGCGUACGGGCUGCUGUCGCUGGGCGCGCACGUGGCGCAGCAGACGCAGCUGCAGCCGCUGGUGGCGCUGCUGCACGCGGCGGACGAGAACUCGCCGCGGCCGCAGUACGCGCGCGCGCUGCGCUCCGCCGCCGACCUCGUGCUCGCGUCCUUCCGCUCGCACGUCGCCGUUACGAAUAAAGACGGCUCAACCUACCACGGCAUGGGGUUGACGUUGCAGCGGGUACAACUCGAGAAGUGCUACAGUAACAGAGCUAUUUCCAAGUUUUACACAGUUAGUGAUGGACAGAUACAACUGACGGACAUGAUAGACGUGCCGCCGGAGCGCGCGCACGCCAGCUCGCUGACGUUCCUGCACGUGCGCGGCGCGCUGCCUGACGCGCUGCUCACGCUCUGCCCCAUGGAGGUGCGCUCCGUCUUCAUCAACGUGACGCUCAAACACGCCUGAACCACUGAACCACUGAACGGCUGAACGGGACCGACUGAAUGAACUGAAUGAACGAUUGUGUAGGACACCUUCACCCUGGACCCUGCCGCUGUCCGAUAUUCCUAAUUGAAUUAGAUAAAUCCUGCGUCACAAGUAGAGCCUUUCUGGUAUAUUCCGAAUUGAAUGUCGCGCAUAAUAGACUGAAUGUGGAUGUAUAGAGAACACAAAAAGUGACUGACUAAUUUCUUAAUAUUGUAAGUCUAAAUGAAAACUCGUAUCGCUCUCUCUCUCUUUCUUAUUGUUCCCUUCCUUUGAACUUCACUUCCUUCAAACUAAAUUCCAAUUUCGUAUGCAAUAGCUCGAUAACUCAUUUGAAUUUCUAUCAUAUAACUUCAAAAAAAUUAGGAAAUUUAUCCGUAAUUUUAUUAUAAAUAUGAACGUUAUUAUAAUUAGAAUAUUUUAUCAUUCGAUUCGUUAGUAAAGUAGCAAUUUACGGACACACUGCAAUAUUAUAACUAAUUAUUACUUUGAAGCUUACUCAUAUUUCUAGAAAUGGGUCUGUAGUCAUAUUUUCAUCAAUAUGUCUAUUUUUCUAUUAAUUUUUAUUUGUUGAAAAGUCAUAAAUCUUAAGAGAUUUAAUUGCAUAUUAAAACUAAUAAUAUAGUUAUGGCGAUUUUUCAAAUUUAAAGAGUAUAAUUUGGGGUAAAAUCGAACUUCAUCUGAUAAUUCCAUUACUACCAAUAAUUAUUUUUAGAUUUAUUUAAAAGGAUAAGCGAUAACAGAAUUAGAGAAGGAGAGAAUAAAAAAGUUUUUUCAUUUUGUAUAUUGGAAGCUUCUCUUGCAACUAAUUAUUCAUUAAUUAUUCAUAUGAGAUUAAGUGUUAGUAUAAUUUAAAAAUAACGUCCACUUCAUCAUAAUUCCAAAAUUGAAUUAUGAAAUGUUACUCAAAGUUGUUCUACUACUCAAAGUUAAUGAUUUGUUUGCAUUUGUGAUUAUAAUAAAAAUUUGUAAAUAUGUAUUAAUUUUAGUUAUUUUUACUAUACUACUAUAUAUUUUUAUCUUGUUAUCUUUAUACAUAUUUAUUGAUAAUUGCAUUAAUCUUACGAAAUUUAUCAAGACACUAAUUGUAAUAUUUAUUAUGAAAAAAAUGAGUCCUAUUUAUUAACUUUGUUUAACAAUUUUCGCCCCUUUAUUAUUGAUUCUAUUAUUUAAAUGAUCCUGGUAUUUACUCCUCAAGUUUUUUUUUUAUAGGUGUUUAUGUUGCAUAAUGUAUAUUUGGUAUGAUUCGCUUAUGAAUAUUCAUUAAACUUAAAAUUGUAAAAAACAUGUAAGAAUUGCAUUUUAUUUUGUAAUUCAAUGUACACUUAAUAUGUAGUUUUACAAAGAAAAUAUAUGGAUAAACCUUCGAUUAAAAAUAACUUAUAUGUUUACUGAUAUAAGCACAAAAUACAUAUAAUUUAUUUCAAAAUCAUACAUGAUUUUUUUAUCAUUUUAUUAUAAUAAAUAAUAGUACACAAUACUUUGCAAUAAUUAUGAUCUCGGCACUUAUUGUGAAAAUAUAGUAUGUAAUCUGUAGUUGUUGUUUUGGGAUCACAAGAUCGAUUGUUAAUAUCAUAAUACCGUGUAAAUAAAUAUUUCAGAAAAA